GACGAUAUAAAAGCCUGAGACGACCGGAGUUGUUUGUGUGUUGACUGGAGUGCGUUGACUGACACGGAAAGCGACCCAAAGGCCUGGCACAAUGCUGAAAUUGUCAGUCUUUCGACUUUUACUGCCGUUCCUGUUUGUCACAGCUGCUUCAGCAGCUAUAUGCACAGACGGAGGAAGUGAAUGCUUGAAUCACGGUACUUGUGACGUAAGCAGCCCUCUAGCCGUAUGCAAAUGUAUCGGUGGAUACACAGGCGGCACAUGUCAGAAUGCUCCUUCAGCAGCUAUAUGCACAGACGGAGGAAGUGAAUGCUUGAAUCACGGUACUUGUGACGUAAGCAGCCCUCUAGCCGUAUGCAAAUGUAUCGGUGGAUACACAGGCGACACAUGUCAGAAUGCUCCUUCAGCAGCUAUAUGCACAGACGGAGGAAGUGAAUGCUUGAAUCACGGUACUUGUGACGUAAGCAGCCCUCCAGCCGUAUGCAAAUGUAUCGGUGGAUACACAGGCGACACAUGUCAGAAUGCUCCUUCAGCAGCUAUAUGCACAGACGGAGGAAGUGAAUGCUUGAAUGGCGGUACUUGUGACGUGAGCAGCCCUCCAGCCGUAUGCAAAUGUAUCGGUGGAUACACCGGCGACACAUGUCAGAAUGGCGCCGUCGUUGUGAGAAUGUCAGCUUACCUGAUGAUCCUCGGAUUUGCAUCGUAUUGGUUCACCACAAGGGCACAUAACUUUUGAGAUGGCUCUACCGUGAUAAACAACAAGGCAGCAUUACAGAUAACAUUUAAUAUAUGUAAUUAUAACGUAACUGAUUAAUCUUAAAUCAGUCAUAUUUCUAUUAUUCAUCAUUAUUUUAUGGAAGCUUAUGAUUCAAUGAUACACUUGAGAAGAUGGGCUUAUAGUUUACAAAUUUUCAAACAAGAUGCUGACUUGGUUUGGUGUGAGUGUUUCAUUAACUUUCAGUUUGUUUUAAUAAGACUAAUGAUUUUUGUUAUCAUUAACUGCGAUAAUCCGUAACAGGAUCAGGUUGGUUCACUGCAGCUAAAAAGACAAAAUCUCUAACAUUUCGGCCUUUGAUAACAUGUUACUGAUGACGUGGGCCUCUCCCCGAGUGACUACUGACACAGAGUAAAUGUUAUCCAACUUUCUAGCUGCAGUGGCAGUUGCAAAUUGGGUUCAAUAUCUUACAAAUGAUCAUGUGUAUUUCAUACAAUUGAAUAAAGACUAGUACUUAAAAACAAA